UAGAACAAAACAAAACAGCCGCAUCAGUUCGUUGUGGAAUCUCCAGCUGUGAAAAGUCAUUCAUAAUAUCUGUUUUCUCGAAAAUUUGAUAUAAAAUGAACUAAAAACGUUCAGAUAGCUGAUAGAACCAUUAGCAAAACUUAAAAUGACAGUAUCCAAUAGGAGGAUCCCUCGAUUAUCGGGUCAUCGAGCCCAUUUGCCUCCCCCGCAGCAUUUCCAACAUCCUCCGGGUGCUGGUGGAGGAGGAGUGGCCGGGCUGGGUGGAAAUGCGGAUGAUGCCGGCGGCGGACAGGGUGGCAAUUCCGCUGCUAUAAACGGCGACGAGGAUACCCAAUUCAGCUUUGGAACACCGUUUCCCAAGCAUGUGCCGUUUCCGAAUGUAGAACACAGUUCCGAGCUGGUAAACGAAUUUUUGAUUUUUGGAUUCACAAUCAUUGCAAGUGCGACUCAGUUCCUGCAUCUGUACCGGACGGUUUGGUGGCUGCCGAAUUCGUACACUCGACACGCAGUGAAUUUUUACCUGAUUGACUGGGAUUUGGCAAUCUUCAUCUACGUGAUGGCCAGUCGGCGGCUGCUAUAUUGCUGCAUUCUCAAGCUAAUCGAUUUGAACUGCCCGGAGGUUUACGUGGAUGUCAGCAAGAAAAUAGCCAAGUACGUGUUCCUAGCAUGCGUGGUGAUCUCAUUCGUCGGCUGCGGAGUUCAAAUAUUCCAGAAGAACAGUUACCUCUAUCUAUUCUGCUUGUCCUACCCGUUUGUGCUGUAUCUGACGAUUUUCGGGUUCAAUCUAGAGCAGUUUCUUCGUACAAUUGUCGAUACGGAAGCAAACUGCAUCAAUGGUAUGCCAGUCCAUAGCUGUUCGUCAAAUGCUGUUUCUGUUCGAUCGGAGAUCGAUGCGUUGAAAACGGACUUCAAUAAUCGCUUCAAGCAGAUCAUCUUUACUUCCGUCCUGAAUGCUUACUAUUCCGGAUUUGUGCCGUGCGUUCUCGUUCCGAAGCAUCUUUACUACGAUAUUUUCUGGGCGACGCAGCAUUUGGGAUUCAUCUUUAUUGGAGGAUUCACGAUGUGCGUGGCAUACUGCUUUCCAGUCAAAUACUGCGACGUGUUCCACAGGGCAGCCCUACAUUUGGGACAGUGGAAUCGAAUGACGCACCGGACACAUCAUCCGCCACCGUACGCGUGGUCAAAGUCAACUAUUUUUCCCUACGGAGCCUACGUGAGACACAUGGGGGAGAUCUAUCGGGCGUCCGGAUUCUGUACUUCAGCAAUACCGGCCAACAACAGUCACGUGCGGUUUUUUGUCAUCUUCAAAAACCCCGCGCUGAUCUAUCUGGUAUUGUUCGGCAUCCAAAUUGCGCUGGUGGCAAUCCAGCUGUUGAUUUUGUGCCUUUCGCGUGAGUGGCAUAAUCUCAUCUCGAUUGCCUUCCUCAUGCUGGCCAACUACUUUACGUUGUUCAAAAUUGCCCGGGACUACCUGAUUGCGAAGCGAAUUUACGCCGGCGAGAAUGCAAUCAACGAGAAGUUCAAAACUCAGUGA